CCCGGUGCCGUCCCGUUGGUGUCGGCGGGGCGAUGCCGUUCCCGGGUGGGCUGUGGUGGCUGCUGUGCUGUCGACGGGGAUUCACGCUGCUGCGGCGGGACUACGGCGAGGCGGAGCGGGAGGCGGACGGCGAGGCCGAAGAGGAGGAGGAGGCGUCCUUCGAGCUCCGCGCCCAGGGAGACCAGGGAUCCCUGGAGGUGAGCCUGAGCCAGCCCACCCGUAGCAGCAGUGGCUCGGAGCGGUCCCUGCUUGUUGCGGAGGAGAUGCGCAGCCUCAUCGUGGAGAAGGGCCCAGGGCCAGUUGAGGAUGACCCUGAUGCUCUUGUGAAAGGCUGGCUGCAGCGGGAGAUGCGGGGCUGCAUGAAGACCCCCUGGAUCCGUCCUCGGAAGUACUGGUUCGUGCUGACACCUGACUCCCUGGACUACUACAGCAGCAACGAGAAGGGGGCCCGGCGGCUGGGCUCCCUAGUGCUCACCAGCCUCUGCUCUGUGCUCUGGCCGGACAAGCAGCUCUACAAGGAGACAGGCUACUGGAGUGUGACGGUGUUUGGCAGGAAACAUUGCUACCGCCUGUACACAGAGCACCUCAACGAGGCUGUGCGCUGGGUGUGUGCUGUGCAGAAGGUCAUUGACAGCAAAGCUCCUGUCCAGACGCCCACCCAGCUGCUCAUGCGUGAUGUCGAGGAGCACAGAGACAGCCCCGAGGUUCUGGAGCAGAUCUAUCGCUGCAACCCCAUCCUGCGCUACACCAGUGGCCCCCUCUACGCUCCCCUGCUGCCCUUCCCCUAUGGCAGCCUGGACCAAAGCGCCCCUGGCCCCCGCAGCUACACCACGCUGCGUGAUGAGGCUGUGAAGCUCUUCAACUCGCUGCAGCAGCUGGAGUCAGAGCGGGACCCGGUGCCGCUGAUGCAGGGUGUCCUGCAGACCUGCCUGGACCUGCCACCGCUGGUGGAUGAGAUCUACUGCCAGCUGGUGAAGCAGACUACGGAGCCGCUGGCGCCAGGUGGGCAGGGCGACCUGCACUACUGGCAGCUCCUCACCUGCAUGAGCUGCACCUUCCUGCCUUCCCCGCCUGUCCUGCGCUUCCUGCGCUUCCACCUGGACAGGACAGAGAACCGUUUUCCUGCCUCGGAGAUGGCCAAAUAUGCCUGCUUCAUCCGGGAGGCGUUGGAAAAGACGAAGGGGAGGGAGUGCGUGCCCUCUCUGGAGGAGAUCCUGGUGCUGAUGCAGCGGCAAGAGAUGAUCUGCACAGUGCACUGCCCUGGGGUGCCCGCCUGCAGUGUGGCCAUCAGUUCCCACACCACAGCCGAAGAGGUGGCCCAGGAACUUGUGUCACGCCUGGGGCUGUCCCAGAGCCCCAACCUCUUUGCGCUCUACGAGCAGUCCCGGCGACGGGAGCAGCCAGUGGGCAGUGCCACACUGCUGGCUGAUGUCCUCACCAGGUUUGAAAACCUGGCUGGAGAGGACCGCGAGCAGGACCCACCAUGCCGGCUCUGCUUCAAGCACUACGGUUUCCUGGACACGGACAAUGUCCCACGGGACAGCCUGGAGUUUGCCCUCCUCUUUGAGCAGGCACAUGAGAUGGUGCUGCGGGGCUACGUGCCCACAUCAGAGGAGACACUGCAGACACUGGCGGCCCUGCGCCUGCAGAGUCUCAACAGCGACUUCUCCACCCACGCGCCCUUCCCGCGCCUGGAGGAGCUCUUCCCACCCCACGUGCUGCAUGCCCGCUUGCCACCCCUGCCCCACCAGCCCCCCACCAAGUGCCGGGGGGCCCGACUGCGUGCAGGGCUGCUGGCCGGCGGGCUCUGGGGUCAAGCGCUGGCCAAGCAGCGGGCGGAGAGGGACCAGCGCCUGCGGGGCCGUCUGCGCGAGGAGGGGGCCAGCACCAUGGCUGCCAUUGUGGAGAAGUGGAAGCUGCUGCAGGGCAUGGGCCGGCCCGAGGCCAUGGCCGCCUACGUGGCCUUGGUGCGGGAGUGGCCUGGCUUUGGCUCCACACUCUUCGAUGUCGACCUGCAUGCGAGCCCGUUGGGCUCCGGGCCCCAGCGCCUGUGGCUGAGCAUCGGGGCCAAGGCUGUCUCGCUCUACAAGCCGGGAGAGCCCGAGCCCUUGGACAGCUUCUGCUACGGCCGCAUCUCCUCCUUUGGUGCCUCUGACAGCAGCACCUUCCGCCUCUCCGUGGAGGAUCGAGACCUGCUCUUUGAGACCUCCCAGGUGGAUGAGAUUGCCCAGCUCCUCAACACGUACCUCGCCUCUGCGGGUGCCCAGCGGCUGCCCCGGCCCCAGGAGCCUCCCACCAGUAACCCCACCUCGGAGCCCACUGUGCUGCCCCAGGGGCUCUGCCCUGCAGCUGGGCCCUGGCAGCACCGGCCACCAGUGGGUUCCUCCCACAGCUAG